GCCUUCCAAAUUCUUUCAAGAAUGUGCACAUAUAUAUAAAACCCACACUUUCUAAUGACCAAUCAAUCAAAUUUGACGACAAUGACUCCUUUCUUGACGGCGCUGUUUGUCUUUGCUUCCCUUUCUUCUCAGUCCGCCGUCAAUGGCUUCACUCUCGAGCUCAUCCACCCGCACUCUCCCGAAAACCCUUUCCGGUACCUCUCCGAGUCGAGGUUCGGGUGGAUUCGGGAGGCGUACAACCACACCCUCACCCGCGCCGCCUCAUUCAAGAGCGGGCGCGGGGCCGCCCGCUCUGCCAAGUUCGCCACCGACCUGAAGCAGGCGGGUGGGUCCUACGCUAUGAAGUACUCCGUGGGCACGCCGCCUUUCGAGACGUACGGGAUCGCCGACACGGGGAGCGUCAUCACGUGGACCCAGUGCCGGCCCUGCAACGACUGCUUCCCGCAGGAGUCGCCCGUGUUCAACCCUAAGAACAGCAAGUCCUAUCGGGUGGCCACAUGCGACUCCGACGAGUGCGCCCUCUUUUCCAGUCCGUAUCCGUUCCCCACCUGCUCCGACGACAACACUUGCCAGUAUACCGUUUCCUACGGAGACAAGUCCAAAACCGUCGGAGACUUGGCCAUCGACACCCUCACCUUUGGCGGCGCCUCCUUCAAGAACAUCGUUUUCGGUUGCGGCCAUCACAACAACGGGACCUUCUCCAAUGAAACCUCAGGGAUCGUGGGUCUAGGCCGCUCAGAUAUAUCGAUCAUCAACCAGCUCCACAAAGAGAUCGAGGGAAAAUUUGCAUAUUGUCUAGGCGGGGAUCAAGACUCCAAAAGCCACAUAAGUUUCGGGGCAAAAGCCGCGGUGGGAGGCCCCGGCGCGGUCAAAACCCAGAUGUUCGAGUCGAAAAACCAACCCGAGUUCUAUUGGUUGUAUUUAGAGGGCGUAAGCGUAGGGGGGAAGAAGGCGUUGCCGGGGGCGAAAAAGACGACUUUGCCCCCGUCCGAGGGAAACAUCAUCAUCGACUCGGGAACGACGCUGACGAUGAUUCCCUCGGAUAUGUUCGAGAGCCUGGUGACGGAGCUGAAGGGGAGCAUUGACGCCACCCCGGUAGACGACCCCGCCGGGGUGUUCGGGCUCUGCUACGCGACGAGAGACGCUGUCCGGGUGCUGGACAUCGUCGCGCAUUUCGCGGGCGGCGCCGACGUGAAGCUGUCGCCAAAGGGGACGUUUUUGGAGGUGGAGGAAGGGGUGACAUGUUUGACCAUAAUUCCGGACACAAAUAUUGGAAUAUCCAUUUUUGGAAACUUGUCCGAGAUUGACUACCUUGUGGGGUAUGAUUUGGAAGAGGAGACUCUGUCAUUCAAGCCAGCUGAUUGCUCCAAAUUUUAAUUAAUAAGCUUUGCCCUAUAUACCCCUAGUUCUUUCUAUAAACAUUAUUAGCAUUCAUUGUUAUACAUUCCAUUCAUUUACUGGCAAUAGUGUUUUUAUUUGGACUCUCAUGAGUUCAUGAUGUGUUUGUGCUCUGUGAAUAAUAUAUAAUGAAAGAAUAAGUUGCAUAACAAAUCAAUUACUACUCUUUGU